AUGGCCGCCAACGCCGCUUCAAAGUUUAUUCCCCUCCUGGAUCGGGUUCUCGUGCAGAAGAUCGCGGUGCCGACAAAGACGAAGAGCGGUCUCUUCCUUCCUGACUCGGCGCAGAAGAACAUCAGCGCGCACAUGGCCAAGGUUCUGGCUGUGGGCAAAGGCCGCCCUAACAUGAAAACUGGCGAGUUUAUCCCACCGUGCGUUCAGGUAGGGCAGACUGUUGUGGUCCCCGAGUACGGCGGUAUGAAAGUAGUUAUUGACGAGCAGGAGAUGCAAGUCUUCCGAUCCGAUGACCUCAUUGCCAUUGUCCAAGAGUAG